AUGAACUUGCAGCACAGGGGAGCCCUCGCCGCGCCUCGCCUCGCAUCACGGAUCGGAACACCUUUGACAUGUUUUUUGUGUCGAUCUGUGAGAAAAGCAUGCGGGCGGGCUUCCUCUCCGGGGCUGUGCAGCGAGGAAUGCAACGUUGUUCCUUACAGCAGCAGCGGCGGCAAAGUUCCAGCGAUAUCUGUGUGCUCGUAUGCGCGAAUGGAGGACCAGCUCAAGCCGUUCUUAGUCUCGCUCCCGGGGCAGGACCACUUCGAAUCACUCCAGGAGCUUGCAUCCCUCGACCAACUUGCGCAUCUCAAGUUGCUCAAUGGACUUCCUGGGCAAAGGCAGGCUGUGCACAUCAAGAGCUAUAGCCAAGGAAGAGCGAAUGUUUCAGUGCAUUCAGCGCUUGACUCGGACCUUGAAACAACGCGGACGUGGACGUUCAUGGGUGGAAUCGAUGGCGUUUCUGGUCAAUGGGGUAGUGACUUGAUGGCAGAGAAAAACCUGUCCGACUCCAUAUGGAGGUCAGCAGACUAUGAUCCAAAUUAUCUCUUCAACCCUGGAGACACGUCUCUGUGGGCCAAGACUGGGAAAGUUAUCGGAGCUAGGUUCUUCCUUAGAAACGCAAGGCGAGUCCAAACAUACUUGGAUGUCAAUUACUCUUUGGCGGCAAGCGACGUUAUUCUCUCUCCUAUCGACACAGAUGGCCAUGGAACGCACUGUGCAUCCACAGUAGGAGGAAGGCAGGUCCACAAGACAGGAUUAGCAUCUGGAAUGGCUGUGGGAGGAGCUCCACUUUCCAGACUAGCAAUCUACAAAGUAUGUUGGGGUCGAUGCAAUUAUGCUGAUAUAUUAGAUGCGUUUGUGGCUGCCAUAGGUGAUGGUGUAGAUGUUAUAUCUAUGUCUUUAGGCUCUAGCUUAAAGGACGACGCUGGUAGUAGAGGUGGUUUACUAGCUUUUCAGAGGGGAAUACCAGUCAUUGCAGCAGCUGGAAACAGGGGACCAGAUGGAUAUUUGUCAAAUGCCAGUCCAUGGCUAUUGACUGUUGGAGCUUGCACAUUGGAUAGGGAUUUUGUAGUUGAGAUGGAAUUAUGGGAUGAUGAGCAGCACUUUUCCAGUAUGAUUGAAGUCACAUCACUUAGUGACGGAGCUAUCUGGCCGGAGGAUUCCUUUCUAAGGUUCGAUACAUUCAACCUAACAUACAACUCAACGACUCAUACUUGGGGAAGGUUUUGCGGUGAAAGCCAUGAGAACAUGCAAGGGAAGAUCGUUAUUUGCCAUGAAGGCAACACUAUUUAUUCAGCACUUAAUGAAGGAGAAGCUGCAGCGGUCAUCUUAGUACACACCCCCUUCGUUAUACGGCAAGACUUUGGAAGCCUCAAACCUGUAUUCUAUGUAAGUCUUAUCGAAAUUGACGUUUUAAAUGGCUUCCUUAAAACAGCACGAUCACCCCGUGCCAAAAUCUCAAAGAUAAAAACUAUUACAGAACUUACUCCAGCUUCCCGAGUUGCGGCAUUCUCAUCAAGAGGUUUGCCUGAGGAGUCAAUCAUCAAACCCGAUGUUAUUGCACCAGGUGUGGAUAUACUAGCUUCUUGGCUUCCAAAGGAUAACACAAAGAGAGCUUUUGAGUUUUCAAGUGGCACAUCAAUGUCUACACCUCAAGUUGCUGCUAUUGUAGCUAUGUUAAAAACCUUACAUCCAACUUGGUCCCCAGCAAUGAUUAAAUCUGCAAUCAUGACCACAGCUUCUCCAUUAGACAACACGGGAAAACCUAUUAAAGAUUAUAAUGGAGAUGUGGCAACGCAUUAUGCUAUUGGAUCUGGUUUUAUCAACCCAAGACAGGCAAUAGAACCAGGUUUAGUAUUGGAUUACACUGGAAACUACGAAAAUUGCAUUGAUGAUUGCAACUAUCCAUCCAUCGUUGUGGAUUUAUCAGGAGUUGUGCAGAAAGUUGUGGUUAAUCGGACAUUCACGCUGGUUAGUUUUCCACCUUUACCCAAGGAUUACCUGUUAUAUCACUUCUUAAAACAUGACAUUCCUCCUGAGCUUAACGUGGACGCACUACGCUAUAUGUCUUUCGACCUAGAGGAAGGGCAGAGGAUAGUGACUACAUCCAUCACUUUCUCUCUUCAUGACACCGACCAGAGGAUAUUUGGGUCACUUCUGUGGAAGUGUUAUGCACAUCCUGGGUAUAAUGUUCGCAUCCCCUUCGUUGUCAAAACUUAA